GAUGACCGGAAGUGGGCUCCGAGCGGCGCGGCCAGACCCAGCUCCUGGGAGCUGGUCAAGGAGCGCGAGGAAGGCGGGGCGCAGGGCGGGGCCGCCUCGGGGGCGGGGCCGGCGGGCCGGCGGGCGGGGGCGGGGACCCCUCCCGGCCGGACCCCGCCUGCUCGGGCGCCCGCGGCGGCGCGGCCAUGAAGCUGAAGCUGAAGAACGUGUUUCUCGCCUACUUCCUGGUGUCGAUCGCCGGCCUACUCUACGCGCUGGUGCAGCUCGGCCAGCCAUGUGACUGCCUCCCUCCCCUGCGGGCAGCUGCUGAGCAGCUUCGGCAGAAGGAUCUGAGGAUUUCUGAGCUGCAAGCUGAUCUCCGUCGCCCACCCCCCGCCCCUGCCCAGCCCCCUGAACCUGAGGCCCUGCCUACUAUCUAUGUCAUUACCCCCACUUAUGCCAGGCUGGUGCAGAAGGCAGAGCUGGUGCGGCUGUCCCAGACGCUGAGCCUGGUUCCCCGGCUGCACUGGUUGUUGGUGGAGGACUCCGAUGGCCCUACCCCGCUGGUCUCGGGGCUGCUGGCUGCCUCCGGCCUCCUCUUCACACACCUGGCCGUCCUCACCCCCAAGGCUCAGCGGCUUCGGGAAGGCGAGCCUGGCUGGGUUCGGCCUCGUGGUGUCGAGCAGCGGAACAAGGCCCUGGAGUGGCUUCGGGGCAGAGGGGGCGCUGUGGGGGGGGAAAAGGACCCACCGCCACCAGGGACCCAGGGAGUCGUGUACUUUGCUGAUGAUGACAACACCUAUAGCCGGGAGCUCUUUGAGGAGAUGCGCUGGACUCGUGGUGUCUCAGUGUGGCCCGUGGGGCUGGUGGGCGGUCUGCGAUUCGAGGGCCCUCGGGUGCAGGACGGCCGGGUUGUGGGCUUCCACACAGCAUGGGAGCCCAACAGGCCCUUCCCCGUGGAUAUGGCGGGAUUUGCUGUUGCUCUGCCCUUGCUGUUGGCUAAGCCCAGUGCCCAGUUUGAUGCUACUGCCCCACGGGGCCACCUAGAGAGCAGUCUCCUGAGCCACCUAGUGGAUCCCAAGGACCUAGAGCCACGGGCUGCCAAUUGCACACGGGUACUGGUGUGGCAUACACGGACAGAGAAACCCAAGAUGAAGCAGGAGGAGCAGCUACAGCGGCAGGGCCGGGGUUCAGACCCUGCCAUUGAGGUGUGAUGGCAGCCCCACCCUGACUUCCACCUUAUUUUAGGCACAGACCUUGUGAGACUGGGCACAUGGCCUGCCCAGGAUGCAGUUUUCCAAGUCCUGACCCCUCAGAGCCAGAGGCAGCACCUCCAGCCCUAGGGCAUAGCCCAGCUGCUCCUCCCCUCCUCCAGCCUGCCAUGUGGCACUGCCCACAGGCUGGGGACAAGUAGCCCUUGUGUUGAGCCAGGUCAGCCCUGUCUGGGGUGGAGCAAAAGGACAGAUAGACUCAGGAGGGAGGGUGGCUAAGGAACUGGGUAACUUAUUGGGGCUGGGUAUGCACUGGGGGGGGGGGGGCGGAAGGAGCUGGGCUGGACCCUCCCCACCUGAGCAUGCGGACCCCCCCUCCUACCUCCAGAAUAAAGAAUCUCA